UUAUGAGUGGAGGGACCAUGGGCUUUAGUUAAUACAAACAACUACCCUUUUAAUCAAUCAAAUAUCAAUCAUCUCAUUUUCCUCUCUCGUUUUUGGCAUUUUUUGAGUUUCUACUCACAACCGUUUUUCUUUACAAUAUCUUCCUCUUCUUAUCUUAAACGUAACGCUAAAUCACACCAUUCAUUCAUACUUUACUCUUGCUCUCCCUCUUAAACAGUAUCAUCAUCAUCAUCAUCAUCAUCUGGGUUUGAUCAGUUUCUUCAACAAUCAUCAUCAUUAUCAAACUCAUGGGUGCUUGUGUUUCAAAUCACCAGAAACCUUCUGGGAAGAAGGUUCAGGCGUUAUAUAAUGGGUCUAAUGAUAUUGUUAAACCUCCCAUCAUAAAUGGUGAUCUUGCUAAUAAGUCUAAGUGGUCUCCCUCCAAAUCAGCACCUUCUUUUCAAGAUUUUGGUAGUAAAGAGGAGACGUUUUUUGACUCACAAGCAUGGUUAGAUUCAGAUUGUGACGAUGAUUUCAUGAGUGUUAAUGGUGAAUUUACCCCAUCAAGAGGCAAUACGCCGGUCCACCAUAACUUCUCUGCAGGCAACAAUAAACCUCCGGUUUCUGUUUCCCCAAACCAGCCAUCUCCACAUGGGCAAGAAAAGAAAAUGAGACUUUCUGAUCUUUUCAAUGAUAGUCUAAGAGGAAACUAUGAUUCUGAUAAUGAGGAUGAUGGCGAGGCAGUGAAAAGUGGGAUGAACUCAAAGAAUGAAAGCCCUCUUGUGCGUGGCGAUGAAGUGGCGCCUAUCGGUGGUAAUGUGUUGAAAACAAAGAGGGAGAGAUUUGGGAGUUGUUUUCCAAGUUUGCUUUCUUCUAGCCGUAGCUCGUCAAUGAACGGAAGGAAGAUGAUGAGCCCGAGCCCAAAUCCUGUUGCGGCGUAAUGAGCCAGCCAUGAGCCAUCGGGUUGAAUGUAUAGUAAAGAUGAAUGUGUAAAGCCGAAUAACUUGUCUUAUGGUUGAGUAUUUAAGAUAUGCAACAAGUAUAUGUUUUCUAGAGGGAGUAUGUAUGUCAAGAUUUUUGUUAUAAAGAAAACCUGCAUUGCUUGUAAGCUGGGCUGAGUUUUGGUUAUUUGUGGGUGUUUAAUAACAGUCUUUUGAUUAAUA